AUGGAUGCUCCCCAGCUUUCGCAAAUUCACCGGCCGGGGCAGCUUUGCUGGAUCCGGUCAAGCCAUCGGCAAGUUGGGCAGUCGUGGCCCGCAAAAGUCGGGGGAGGGCCGAGGAUCCACCGGAGGACCAUCUGGGGGAACGCACUUCUCCGCAAGUCGCCCGGAGCUGAUAAAAUCAAGCGCUUGUCCACUUGCUCCUCCCCACCUUCGCCGACGCCCGUCAUGCCCGAAAGAAGUCUGGUCGAGCUGGAGGAUGCGCGUCCGUCUCCACGGAAGGCGGUCAAUCAGCAUCACUGCCCACACUGCGACAAAGCGUACGAGCGACCGGACCACCUGGCCCGGCAUCUGGACUCACACCGCAACGAACGUGUAUAUCAAUGUCCCAUCUGUCAGCGUGGUUUUAAUCGUCGAGAUGUACUUCAGCGGCAUCAAGCCGUGCACGAAAAGGAGGAGACCGACGGUACGACGUCCUCUAGAAGAACCAAGGAGCGUGCGAUCGAAGCGUGCGAAGCAUGCGCGACCGCAAAAUUGAGUUGUGGUAAUGAAAGGCCCUGCAAGCGAUGCGAAUCCAAAGGCAUCUCAUGUGCUCCGCGAUCCAAAGGAGGACGUCGGUCCAGCACGCGCUUGUCAUUCUCUGUCUCAGUCCCCUCACAUUCGCCCAGACCCGGGAAUCAAGCGCUCGAUCAGUCGACAUACUCAGGGACACCUGACUCGGGCCCUUCUGAAUAUAGCGGGCCUCCCUUGCCCGGGUCCUAUCCAGGAAACAUCCCUGGGCUUUUCCAUGCAAGUCUAACUCCUGUCCACGGGGAUGGGACGUUAGACAAUGUUAUCCCGCCGAAGAGCGUGCCGGUCUACUCGCCUCUCAACGGAUUCCCUGCCUUUUUUGAGCAGGUGAUGUUGCCCGGUUUCGAGACGAAUGACCCAAUGCAAGGCACACAGCACCCACGUGUGUUUGAUUUCAUGCAAGAUACUGAAUUUAACAUGGCGGACAGCGAUGUGUUUGGAAUUGAUUUUAUCCCGGAGCUGGAUAAGAUACUCGAUGUUACGCUCGCCCCAUCUGGCUUCGAAACCCCUCAGCAGCCGCCACCCGAUGAUGAGAAAUCUGCCAGUCAGCGGGCUGCUGCGUUUGGCCGUUCUGUGUGGCUUUGGGUUCCGGAGAAGAACCAACAUGCUUUUAGCGACGAGCAACGUCUUCCGCUGCGCGAUGGCGACAGCAUCUCAUCCUCCAAUCAAAAUCAUAUCGAUAGUAUGAAGAUUCCUGGACAUCUUUCAUAUCAAGCUCGUGACGACAUUCUCAAAUUAGUCUUACGGACAGGCGGCUCGCGACUGUCAGUCGCAACAUUUCCGUCCGCCGACUACCUAGACACACUGAUCAAAAUUGGCAUCGGCAAGCGGAUUGAAACAGAUGCGUGGAUUCACCCGUAUACCUUCUUCGAUGCCGGCUAUCAACAGCUCCGGCCCGAACUUCUCACAGCCCUAGUUGCGGCAGGCUGCGUUUGCUGUGGUAUGCCAUCGAUUAACAAAACUGGCAUUGUGCUUCAAGAAAUCACGCGGGUGAGCCUCGCGCAAUUGGUCGAAGAAGACAAUAGCAUGCUUCGGGACUUGCAAUACUUGCAGGCCUCUAUGAUAUGGCUGGAUAUUGGUGUGUUCUGUGGAUAUACUCGGAAGAUGCAGAUCGCAGAGAGCUAUCUACAGCCACUCGUCACGGCUCUACGUAGAGGGGCGGCUUUUGACCAGUCAACAUACACUGUCAUUACUCCGUACACAUUUGAAAACAACGAGGAGUCUCUUCAACGAGCAUGGCAUGCUUGGGUACGCCAGGAAUCUCUCCGGAGACUUGUCUACCACCUAUUUGCUCAUGACGUCAUUGUCGCUGCUGCCUUAAAUCGACCUGCACUCAUCUCUUAUACGGAGUUGACAUUACACUUUCCAUCUGCGAGGGAUUUGUGGCUCGCUCCCGAUGCUCAAGCCUGGAGGGAAGCCUGGAUGACCAAAUACCGAGUGGCUGCGUGCUCUGAGUUCAGUCUACGGGACUUGUUGGCCGACCCGUCCCUUCUUGUGCAGCUGCCAGACGAUCUCGAUCUGGAAAUUGCGACAAACGCUCUCCUUCAAGCUUUGGCUCUACAAGUCUGGGAAUUUCGUCAGCAAAUGCUUGUUUCACAAGCUUCCCGAUCGGGUCAUCGCGCCACUACUCGCUUAUGGCUUCAAAGUCGGCAAGAUGAUCUGUACAUGACACUUCAAGCUGUGCAGCAAGACUCGCGCAAUCCCCUCCCCGUGACAACGUUAUUCAAUGAAUUUGUCAUGAUGUCCCUGCAUAUUGAUAUGGACGCAAUCCAAAGGUUCGUCGGAAAGAUGGGCGAGCUCGAUGCUCGACGGGCCUAUCCUGGACUAAGGGACUGGAGCCGAACCAGAGAGGCCCGCACUGCGAUUUGGCAUGCCGGUCAAGUGAUCCGAGCGGCCCGGAAUGUGGCCAUUUUCCAAUUGCGAGGAUUUGAUUCUCUUUCACUCUACCACGCCACACUGGUCCUCUGGGUUUACAGCUUGCUCCAAUGUGGCGAGAACAAGCGAGACGAAAUGAUUGCACCUAUGCGAGAUGCCGGAUCUGGGGCUCAGGUCUCUCUCGAUGGAAUGGAAACCCCCGUCACCAAAUCGUUCCUGAACCACGGCAUCGGUCGGCCUGGGCUAAUGAUGCUCCAAUCUCAAGGCCCACAGUCUCAGGACAUUUCUGUUUUCUGCGAAUUGAAUAAACCCCGUGCUGUCAUGGCCGUCGCUCGGCAGGUCUUCAAAGGCAACUGUCCCCGGUCCUCCCCAGAUGAUAUGUUGCCCCCUAUGAUUCACAACCUAUGCGCCUUAAUUGAAGAUCUGGGAUCCCUUGUCUAG